AGAAAUCGUGUUGUAGGAAGGAGACGUAAUGGAGUCUCACGUCUCCAUCUUUACAUUCUAUUCGUUCCACUUCCUCUGCUUGGGGGAGAAGCCUGCAAGAACCAUGCUAGGCCAGCGACAGCAGCAGCCAAUGAGCAGCGAGGACCUGCUGACAUCAGCACUGGAUGAUCCUGACUUCGACGAGAUCACAGCUUCAGAUCUCGAAGACCUGUACUUCCGGUGCACCAAUAACACUGUCUACGUCCUGGACACGGCAUAUAACUGUGGGGAAGUUGAAGGUUUGGUGAGUCUGUUCGGAUCUCCGGCCGGCAGAGCGUUAGUGGCACCAAAUAGUGAUGGAAACUCUGGUAGUUCGUCCUCUCGUCGACCAGAUGGAAGCAGGAAACAAGAUGGUCCCUUUGUCACCAAGACGUGGCGGAAAGAGCGCCGGAAAUCGAGUACUGAACUAUAUAGGGAGGCGGCGGCGCUGCUGGGCUUGACAUGUAGCAUGAAUGACAGCUGUAGAUGCAUCGAAUGCCAGAGCCGUUAUUUCGACUUUGAUGACGAUGAUCUCCGAACAGACACAGGAUUAGCUGCCGGAACGCCAGCGUUGUUAGAUCACGUGCUCACCCAUCCAAUGUCUUGCAGCCUGCAGUAGCCAGUCAUGUGACACGAAGAGACGGGCUAGGCUGCAUCACCGCUGGAAAUCUUCUAGUACUGAUAAUCAAAAUAUAUAAAUUAUUAGGGGAUAGCUGUCUUCUGGGAUGCAACACCAUACAGUUUGGUAGAUAGAGACCAGCGUUUCGGAGGAGAUUGCUACUCUUCCAUCCCUCUCGUUAUUCAACCCUGACGACGCAAAGAGUAGGUUCUUACGAAACGUCGAUAAAGGUCUAUCAUACUGCAAGACGUCAUACUAGAAGGCAGUACUCUUCACAAUUCCCGCUGUGAGAACCACAAACCUCACAUAAUUAGCGCGUUUUAAUUCUAAAUUCGACAGUGAUUUUUAACCAGCAUGUUGGAGAAACGAAGUACGCUUCUUAUUUCUUCAACGCGCUGUGCAAAGUUUAAUUAGAAGGAUCAGAUUACGAACAAAAUAAGUGAAAGUACCCGACAACUUAAUUUUCCGCUGCCAGUUUUAUCGUUUAUAGGGAAACGUUUUUACUGGACAUCUAACCGAAAGUAAACAAUGUUUUUGUACAACUUGUUUAUCGCCUAGAAAGUUUAAGUUCUAGAGUCAGGUGCAGAUGUUUUUACACUUCAGAUGCGGACCGUCACUCUGAAAAUGACUCUAUAACCGGAAGGGAAAAAUAUCAGAGAAAUGCCAACUCGUAUAAUAUUACGUCAGCUGUCAAAUGAGGAAUUAGUUAAAAUUUGAAGUUUACAUCUAAGUAUCAAAUUUAUUUUCGUAGUUUUUAAAGAUGGCAUAGCGUUCCGGUUUGUAAUAUGGCUGCGAAAAUCAUUCCAAAAAAUAUGAAAGAGAAGAAAUGAAAUGCAGUAAAUAAUGAGAAACAGCACAGUGUAUCCGUCGCACUGGAAGCGAGAGGUCUUGAACAUUUUAUAGCGUUGAAAACACGCAUAGUCAGUUUAUAAACCGAGGAAGAUUUUCAGUUACUGUCGCAAUACUGAACAUGAAACUGAAGCGAGUCUUUAAAGCGCUCGUGCGACUGUACAGGUAGAAAUGCUGUCAGUCGUGUUCUUUUCUAAAGCUUAGGUCGCGAGGACCAGGAGCCUGGAUAGCGUAGACUGUAUGACGACUGGCUACGGGCUGGACGACCAAGAGGUCGGAGUUCGAGUC